GUUAAAGUGGGAGUGUCUUCUGGCAGAGUUUACCCUUCCUUCUGUCAGUCUUUUUUACUCAGCUAAACAAAUCCACUGACAAAAGACGCAGACGCUGGAAGGCUUAAUUCCUGAGUGCCUGCAUCAGAAAGACAUGGAUUUCCUGGAGCUGAUACUCACCUUGCUUGGUGCAGCCGUUCUGGUCUACUACGGAGGGAAGCUGGUGCUCUUCAGUAGAAUGCUUUUUCCUCAAUGGUGUUUUCCUCUGUCAAAAACGUUCUUCACCUCUAUGGGAGAAUGGGCAGUGGUGACUGGUGCCUCAGAAGGUAUAGGAAGAGCUUAUGCAUUUGCACUUGCCGAGCGAGGGAUGGAUGUUGUUAUCAUGAGUCGAACUAAAGCAACGCUGGAGGAGGUGGCAAAGGAAAUAGGUGCAACCACGGGACAGAGGGUGAAGGUGAUUGUCGCAGACUUCAGUGAGGAGGAGGCCUUCAGGGAAAUAGAGGAAGAGAUGAAACACCUCAAUGUUGGGGUUUUAGUUAACAACGUUGGGGUGCUCCCCAGCUUCAUCCCCUGUAAGUUUCUCGAAUCUGAGGGACUGGACAAGACAAUAACAAAGCUGAUAAACUGCAAUGUUAAAACUUUGUGCAAGAUGUGCAAAAUAAUCCUCCCAGGCAUGGAGAACAGGAGAAAGGGGGUAAUUAUCAACGUUGCUUCAGGCAUUGCUUCAUUUCCCUUUCCACUAUACACCCUUUAUGCCGCAUCAAAGAUCUUUGUGGAAAGAUUUUCUCAAGGUCUCCAAGCCGAGUACAAAGGCAGAGGGAUUCUCAUACAGGCAGUGGCUCCGUUUGGGGUCUCCACCCGGAUGGCGGGUUUCCAACAAACGAACACCGUGACUCUGCUGCCAGAAGAGUUUGUGCAAAAAUCCCUGCAGUACCUCAGAGCCGGAGACAAGAUCCACGGCAGCCUCUGUCACACGCUCCUGGCCUGGUUGCUGCAGUCGAUUCCCCUGAAGAUCCUCCAUGCCGAGUUUGUGCUGCAGGGCUUACAGAACUACGUUAAAAAGAAAACGGGUCAAAAGGAAUCCGUUUCCGACCUCUAAAAAUGGUAUGAAGAAAUAGGAGAAUGUGAAGAUUGUGAUUGCAGUUUUGAUUAUGCAACUGAUAGAGGUGAGCUAUGAAAGGUUUGAUUGUUAGGCUUUUGGUUCAUUUUAAAUGUGUAUAUAAUUAUGGUUAGAAUUUCGCAAUACCUAUGAUUUAUUGUUUUUCCAACCGGUUGAGCCAAAAAUCCUCAAUAACUGAAACUAACCACACUAAUGCGCAGCUAUACAGUUUUAUUGUACAAAUAGUUGAAAACAACAUUUCCUCAUAGUUUCUGUUUUGCACCCGUUUUUUUUUUUUUCAUGUGUUUUAUCUGCUAUGUUGCAAUUCAAGUAAAUAGAUGCCAGGUUGAUAUACCAGAGAUAUUAAAUGUUCAGAAACAAAAAUAAUAAUAAAAUACAACACAGCUCUUCACUUGUUUAUUUGGAGAAAUCUGGGAAGAAUUAAGUCCCAUUUGUAUUGACAAUAUUGUCAACUUAACAGUCAAUGAAAAAACAAGAACUCUCCCUUAUAUCUUAUGUUUUUUUAUCAUGAAAUGUGAACAUAUUUAUCUCUGAUCUAAGUUUUUUCUUCUCGAAAAUGUUCUUUUCAUUUAGUUGAACUUAAACAAAAACAAUUUGCCUAAAAUGUAUAUAGCUGGAAAACGUGUUUUCUAGCGGAUAAAUAAUUUAGGACAUCCUACCCUCUGAUAAGUCUCACCCUCUUUAGCUGAAAUAGUUUCAGAGAGAUGCUUCCUGUAUCCGUCUACCAGUCUUGGACCCGGUUGUCCCGCUCCUCACAUUUCUUGCACGUUUAGCCUAUUUUAAGUCUCCCCAAAGCAUCUCGUUGAGGUAAAGAUGUGGGCUUUGACUCGGUCCAGAACUCUCUACUUCUAAAUUCUCAGCCAGUCCUUGGUAGAUUUACUUAAUUUGCUUAUUUCAUUUUAUUUUCACGGCUGGUCUUACUUUUCCCCCCCCCCUUAACAAAAACCCUCUGAUACACAGUGUAAUUCAUGGUGGACUCUAUGCCAGAUCCAGCUGUAGCAAAGCAUCACCAAACAACGACACCUCUACCUCCUUGUUUGACAAUCUUUGAGUUCUCCUCCUGGUGUAUUUUGCGAAAGCCAAACACGUCCUCUGUUCCGGUGUCCAAAUAAUUCAGUUUUAGACUGUGUGAUGCCUUGCCACACCUAGAAGCUGCUACGGCGUUCUUUCUGGAGACCUCAGACGGAUCGUCAUGCCUGAAGUUUAAAGAUUCAAAACAGUCUUCACAACGGGGGGUAACAACGUUCUAAUCUUGUCCAGUUUUAGCCAUUUUAAGCAGGAAUACAAGUGGAUAAAAAAAGACUUACAUCGUACAGAAAAUCUGAAAGGUAUUAUCUUUGGUUUUAUUUUUUAUUUUUUUCCAGUAAUAGCUCAGUAUUGUUAAAUCUGAUAUUAUCUAUACGUCCAAAUGUGUUGAAAAAGAAAAGGACUGUGCCUGUGUGUCAUAACUUUUUUUUUUCAUGUGAUUGUACACUGACUGACAUCCUGUUAACAGAAAUCAUAAAGAACAUGAAUACUUU